GACCACUGUCACUCACCUGUCAAAGAGCAUGGGAGCUUUUCUAUUUCUGCUGAUUCUGGCAUUUCUCAAGAGCCAUAGUGCAGAAGGAACUGGAUGUUUGAAUGGCUUAACUUCAUCACCCGCAUCCACUUGUGUUGACAACAAAACGUGUGUCGAUGUCGCUUGUGGGGAAAAUGCAACAUGCGUAAAUGAAAGUGGCACCUUCAAGUGCAAGUGUUCCGUCGGUUUCACCUACAAAACCUCCAAGAUGGACAAGUGUGAAGAUAUAAACGAGUGCCUAUCGGGUGGCUGUCCCAGUGGAGACUGCUUCAACACCCUGGGAAGCUACUACUGUCAAUAUGUGUGA